CCAGCCAUGCCGUGGCCGCGGGCGGAGCUGUCCGGGCGGCUCCGGUACCGGGGCGGCUCCCGCGGGCCCCGCCUCAGCCUCCUGCACCUGAAACUCACCGAUCCGGCGCUGCGGGCGCUGCGGGACUGUCAGCGGCUGCAGGGCUCAGCCCAGCCUGUCAUCGCCUUCCAAGGGAGCCAGGGGUACAUCAAGAUCCCCUGUGGCCUGGGCAGCCCUGGGGACGGAGCUCGCCUCUUCACCUUCUACCUGUCCCGCUACAGCAAGGACAAGCCGCAGGCCAGCUUCGACUGCAUCCGGCAGUACGUCUCCAGGUUGGGUCAGAACCAGCUGGACUGUGUGGGCAGCAUCCAGGAGAAAAUCACCGUCUGUGCCACCGAUGACUCGUACCAGCUGACGAGGGAGCGUGUGUCCCAGGCGGAGAAGGAGGCGUGGAGCAGAGCUGCUAUCGAGAUCAAGCCAGCAGCCCCAGGCCAUGGUAAAUGUGUCACCAUCCCAAAGAAGCUGGGCAUGAGCACCCCAUUGAGGAAGUGCCCCACUGGGAGCCCUGCUCCAGGGGGCAGGAAAUGUAGCCCCAUGGGGACAGAUCACAGGGUUCUUGUGAAAUGCCUAGUGCAGCUUCUGGCUCUGCGGCCCCACUGCAAACAUGAGCUCCUGGAGCGGCUGGACAGGGUGCAGAUCUGCCUGAAGGACAGGGCCCAGCUGCUGCCCAUGCUGGAGGAGGUGGGGCAGCUGAAUCCCCGGGAGAGCAGCUACAGUCUGAAAGAGGAGCUCUUCGGGCAGGUGCAGGAGGACUGGCUGGGCUACACGGUCGAGGAGCAGCAGCAAGUCAGGCAGCUCCUGCGCAGGAAACAGGCCCAGGGAGCUGUGGCCAGGCCCUUCUUGGUGCCUCUGGAGUGCCCGUCUUGCCAAGGUGCCAGCAGAAGGCCCUUGGGCGUGAAGCGGCUGGCACUGCUGGAUGCCUCGGACCCACAAGGGCUGAAGAAACCCUGUGCCCAAGGGCACCCCCGCAGCUCUCUGGGGUCCCACCACAGCCUGCAGGAGCCUGGCCUGGAGCAUCGGAGGGCCCACAGCCAGCAGCAGCCAUGCCAGCUUCCCAGGCCCAGCGCGGAGCUGCAGAGCUCAGAGGAGGAGCCGAGCGACGGGGAGGGAGGUGAUGACUGGGAAGAGGGAGCUCUGCGCCUGGAGCAGCACCUUUCUGCCCUGCAAGACAGCAGCUCCCGGGCAAGCCCCCUGGCCUCCUUCACUGAGCUCCCGGAUUACUGCCGGAAAUACAGAGCCAUCUGUUCAGUGGAGCAGCAUCACGCCUACAUGGAGGCGUUCAGUGCAGAUUACGCAGAGUACCGGCGCCUCCACACCAGGAUUGGGACCGUGAGCAGGACAUUCAUACAGCUGGGAGCCAAAAUCAAAACGCUGCCGCACGGGACGCAGGAGCACAAGGCAGUAGAAGACAGAAUCUUACAGGAAUACCGGAGGUUUAAGCAGACCUACCCCAGCUACAGGAAGGAGAAGGACCGCUGCGAGUAUCUUCACCAAAAGCUGUCCCACAUCAAGGCCCUCAUCCUGGAGUUUGAGAAGACAGGGGCUGCCUAGAGGAGCCUCUGGUGCUCUGAGCCUGCAGCCUUCCCACUGCAGGGAGCAGGGCCCUGCCCGUUCUCCUUUCCCUUCAGGGUGGGGGUUAGCGAACUCUCCUGUAGUAGUACAGUAGUUGCAGUCCCCCAGCCUGGUGUCCAACCCAGCCAUUUGACUGCUCUGGGGUGUGGGGGAGGGUUGCAGGACAGAGCAUGUGGCUGCCACAAAGCACAGGGAGUGGGUGAUGGUCUUAGUGAAUCGUCCCUGGUGAGCUGCUGUCUUACCUGUCCCAGCUCCCAAGGGCAUCCGGGCUAGUGGUGCAGCUCCAGAUCAGGCUGGGUGCCUGUGUCCUGCUCAGGGGGGCAGCCUGUACCCGAGCUCUGCUCGUUCAGGGCAGGAUCCCUGGCUUAAGGCUUCUCGCAGCCAGCGUGGCUCAGCCUAACUUGUGAUAGGUGCAGCCUAAGCUGCCUGCUGGAGAAGUGGGACCUGCCACCUUCCUUCACUGGCUCCCUCCUGCCUAGGAGCUGAGAGCAUGGCAGAGCCUUGCCCCCCAGGGACAGUCUCAAUUACUAGCGCUAAGGGCACCAGGUCCCGGGGCUACAGGAGGAAAGGGGUCAGUCAGUGCUGGGGUCUGAGGACUGACACCUGCUGGAGCAGUGUGUGGGAGCAGGAGUUGAGGGGACAGGGAAGUGCCACCCAUUCCUUGGCUGUGCACCCCAACUCUCUCUGUGCUCGGCCAUCAGACGCCUGGGGACCCUGCUGCCAUGGCAAGGUGGAACUGCGGGGGAGGGGAGAGAAGAGAUAAUGGUGCAUAGGGUCCCUUUGAGCCACAGUGCAGGCCCUGGGAGUUCUGCCUUGUUCCUGCUUUAUGGCCCUGGGUGAAACAGUUCAUUGUACAGUGUGUGGCUGUGGCCUGCCCCCUCUCCCAGCACCUGUCAGCUCCUCCGGCUUUGAAAGUAACUAGCCUGACCCAGCCCAGCAGGAGAAACUGAUGUGUUAGGGCUUGGCUGGGGGACUGUAAGUGAUGCCACAACUCUUUGCCUUACUUACCGCUGGCCUCAGGGGAGGGGCAGGGCCCUCACCUCCAGGCUCUGCUGCCUUGGUCAAGGACGCGUUUGUACAGCACCACAGGGCUGUGAGGAGGGUUACUAGGCACUAGCUGUAAUAUAAUUACUGAGCCACUUAGCAGCCAAACUCCCCCUCUGACAAAUGCUCUAUGGGCACUGCAUUGCCAGGGGCUAGGUGGGUAUUGGCUGUUCACAGCUGAUAGCCAUUAGCCCCCACAAGGCUCACCAGCCCCUAAUUUAUUGCCUGUUCUCCACAACAGCUCAUUCCCUGGGGCUGUGCCCCCUCCCAGUCAAGGGGGGGGGGGCAGCUGCCUAUCUGUAGCCAGGGCUGUGGUUCAGUCUCUGCUAGGGGGCUACAGCAGGAGCCCAGAGGGAAAUGCUCAAUCAAAACUGCCUGACCCCCACCCACCAAAGACAGGGUAGCAAGUGCUUUCCCAGCCGUGGUUUAGGCCUACACUGGUGCUGGGCUGGAGGAAAAGCUAUGGUACAGCAAAGCCAGUAUGGGGGGAGGAUCCUGUAAAUGCUGUUGUGCAAGCUACUGUAUCUAGCGUGUGCUCCAGUAAUAAAGGUGUAGACAGCCCCCUGGUGUUUUGUAAAAGACAAGUUAGAGGGCAGGGGAAGCCCUGCUGCAGCAAGGAGUGCUGAGCCAGACCACAGCAGUACUCGGAUUUACCAGCCCUCCACUGCAGCACUCUGCCUCCAUGACUAGGAAGCCACUCAUCUCCCUCCUACCUGCACCAAGGUAAACAGAGCAGUCUAUAGUACAGCAGGCCAGCUGUUCACGGCAAUUCAAAACCUUGGAAGGGAUGUAGGCUUGGUGCAGCCAGCCAGCAGGAGACAGGACAGAGGGCUACAGGCAAAGGCUAGCUCAUUAAGGGAGCUGAGCACCAAGCAAAGUGCCCUGCCCUUCUAUCUGGCUGGGGGAUGCUUUCACAGCUGGUCCUAGCCUCUUGUGGCACUGAAGGGUUUGCUCACACCCUUGCCACAGCUCUGGCUACAUGCCAGGGAGAGGUGCUGUGCUGCCAGGCCCAGCACCAAGUGAAGCCCACUUAAUGCUUGGCACAGCUUGAAGCACUCCUAGAGUGAGCAGCAUGCCCUGGAGGUAGCUGUAGAAACAGCCCACAGCUAAGUGAGUUAGUGCAGAAUGCUACUGGGUCACAGCUGGCCCAUGGCAGGGAGCUCAGAGCCUGCAGCCAUGGGCCUCCGGCAGGCUUCUUGCCCCUUCACCCCUGGUGUCUGGGGCAUUCACUAUGGCAGCUGUGCCCUGUCACAGAGCCUGUGUUCUGUACACAAAGGGGUCUCCUCUGCCCCUAAGCACCAUGCAGUUCUACCCACUGCACCACAGCCCCCCUCCUAGGCCAAGUUCCCACAGAAGCAUGGCAGGGGCCAGUCCCUCACCAGCCUCUUGUACUGGGAAGUAGCUCAUGGACCACAAGCUGGAGUGUGAGGGCAGGUGGGAUUUGUUCCCCAUGCAUUCUCACAGCCCUCAGGAACCAGCUGGGAGCCGGGCAGCACUCCAGAGGCCAUGGUCUCCCAGCUUGCUGGGGCCACAUACACAGGACUCUCAGCAGCAGCCACUGGGCACAGAGGUGUGGUUUUAAAGGGGUCCAUUUUAUUGUCUCUUCUCCAAAUGUACAAAAAAAUUAGAAAAUAACGUGUCUCCCCCUGCCCCACCCCCCUUCCCCACCCCUCAAUCAUCACCCAAGUCGGGGGCAGCCCCAUAAGAAUGCAGCAAAGAGACGGCAGGAAAUUAAACACAACUAGGUACAGCAGUUGGGUCCCUUCAGCCCACAUUGCAUUGGGCACAGUUUCUUCACUCCCCCCAGCUGGCCCCAAGACACCCAGGGCUUCCCCACUGCCCACACAAUUCCUCCUGACACACUGGUGAGCUGGGUGGUUAGGUGCUUUACAGAUCCUCCUGGGCCUUCUUCCUUUUCUUGGGCUUUUCCUCCUCCUGCAGCACA